CUCCGCCAGCGCUGCGCCCGCCGGGAGCCGGGGAAGCUCUUCCGGGCCGGCGGAUCCCGGGCCGGGCCGGGCUGAGGGCGGCGGUGGCGGCGGAGGCUCGCAGCUCCUCUGUUGCGCUGGCUGCGCAGGGGCUCUGGCUGCUCUGCUCGUGUUUAGCUUCGUUCUGCGGUCAGAGCGGUGAGAAACUGCCUGGAGGGACGGAACCGACCCGAGCUCUGCUGAGGAGCGAGGUGGGACAGGCUGGAUUCCUGGCUCCUCACAGGGCGACGUCCCCGUCUGUGCGCGGAGUGGCCGUGGGGCUCCGUGCUGACCGUGCUCCGUGCUGACUCCACACUGUGCUGGCCCCUGGCGUGCUGACCCCGACCCCUGGCCGUGCUGACCCUGGCCCCUGGCCGUGCUGCCCCCGGCCCCUGGCCGUGCUGACCCUGGCGUGCUGACCCCUCGGUGAUGCCGGCCCCUGGCCCGCUGUCCCGGCCCGCUGAGGCGUGAGGGCGGCACCACGGCGGGGCCGGCCCGGCCCACGCGCUGCAGGGUGGUCAUCUACCUCCAGAAGGACAUGUCGGGGGACACGUGCCUGGGCAGCGCCCUGUGCCCGGCCGCGGGACACAAGCCCAAGGCCGGCGGGCUGAAGGGCAGCAGCCUGGGGAACAAGUACGUGCGGCUCAACGUCGGGGGCUCCCUGUACUACACCACGGUGCAGGUGCUCACCAGGCACGACACCAUGCUCAAGGCCAUGUUCAGCGGCAGGAUGGAGGUGCUCACCGACAAGGAAGGCUGGAUUCUUAUAGACCGUUGUGGGAAGCACUUUGGAACAAUUUUAAACUAUCUCAGAGAUGACACGAUUGCACUUCCAAAACACAGGCAGGAGAUCAAAGCAUUGAUGGCAGAAGCCAAAUACUAUCUCAUCCAGGGCUUAGUGGACAUGUGCCAAGCAGCCCUGCAGGACAAGAAGGACUUGUAUGAACCUGUCUGCAGCAUUCCUAUUAUCACCUCUCCGAAAGAAGAGGAGAGACUGAUAGAGUCAUCAAUGAAACCUGUUGUUAAACUGCUGUAUAAUAGAAGCAACAAUAAAUACUCCUACACCAGUAACUCUGAUGACAACUUGCUGAAGAACAUCGAGCUGUUUGACAAGCUGUCCCUGCGCUUCAACGGCAGAGUGCUGUUCAUCAAGGACGUCAUCGGGGACGAGAUCUGCUGCUGGUCCUUCUACGGGCAGGGCCGCAAGCUGGCCGAGGUGUGCUGCACCUCCAUCGUCUACGCCACCGAGAAGAAGCAAACCAAGGUUGAAUUCCCCGAGGCGCGGAUCUACGAGGAGACGCUGAACGUGCUGCUGUACGAGACUCCCCGGGUCCCAGAUAACUCUCUGCUGGAGGCCACGAGCCGCAGCCGCAGCCAGGCCUCGCACAGCGAGGACGACGAGGCCUUGGAGCUGCGCGACCGCGUGCGCCGCAUCCACGUCAAGAGAUACAGCACCUACGACGACCGCCAGCUCGGCCACUAGCUGUGCUGUGGGCUGUGUGCUGUGGGCUGUGUCCCUCUGCAGGGCUCCAGCCCACACCCGUGCUCGGGCAGCAGGCAGGGAUCCCCUGGACAUCCAUCCUUGCCCCGGGAAAGCGAGCGGGGAUUUGCGCGCACAAAGCAGCGCUAAAGGCCGAGGGCCUGGAGAACUGAGGUGUGAGUUGUGCACCUUGUGCUUCACCUGCAGGCUGGCCCCUCUUCCUGCAGGGCAGGGGCAUGUGGGACGCUGGUUCUCGGUUUGUGGUUGCUCUUCCCUGUCUCACCACGUGCCAGUUUCCCCGUGCUGGGAGCAGCACUGCUCUUCCUCAGUGAGGUGGGGCGGUUUGAAAAGCUCUUUCCAGACAGCUCUCCUUUCAGGGCCUUGUACAAUGGAACUUGCAGUUAUUAAAUCAAGAUACUGAAGAGGGAACUUGAAUGUGGCUGCCCUUGGCAGACCUGCAGGGGAUGAUCCCCAGGAGAAACGUUUGGCUGGCCAGUCAGCUGCACCUGUGCUCUCCCACCCUGUGCCCAGAACACCUCCCUGUCCUGUGUUCCAGGGUAGUGUCUUUAAAACUCACUGAUUCCAAGGCAAGCUCUUCCAAAGUGGUAAGAAUCAAGUCAUCAGCCUCUCCAUGUGAAAAAUGGAAGUCUCUGGAAAUGUAAAUGUGUAGGUAAUGACUUGUCCUGGGAGAGGGGGAACGGGUGUGGUGAGGGAAGAAACCUGAAAUAAGCCAACUUGAGCAGAUUGUGGCACUGCUGCCCUGGUUGAAGCUUGUCACUGUGAAAUCCUGUUUAUAUAAACAAGAGCAAUCUGGGGAAUUGGUUUUAUAUUCUUUUCCUCCUGUGGCCUAAACGUGCUGUUUAAAUUUCUCAAGCAGUGGGAGAAAAUUGCAGUGGCUGGAGAAGUACAGGCUAAACAGUGUUUUCUAAGGCUAGAACAUGGGAAUUCAAGUUCUGUGAAUCCCUGAAUCCUGAAUCCCUUCUGGAGGGUAGAAGUUGAAGAAGAAAAACAGCUGUGAAAACACUGUUCUAGCAUGGAACUGUGAGAGGCUUUGGGCACAGGAGAGAGGUGGCUUAUACUGGAUUUUAAACUGAAAUAAUCACUUUUAUUACGAGUGCUUGGCUGGGUGCUGAUUGUACAGGGCACUUCAGGAGGUGGGAGUCAAGUCUGCUCUGAACAUUUGUAAAUUUCUGGAAAUUUUCUGGAAGCAGUUUCAAGUUCAGUAUGAAAAGCCAUUGUUGUAUUUUUAAACCUUUGUUUGUAUGUUUUAGCUGUAGGUAGCAGUUUUGCCACUGUCAUGGUUAUUCCUGCUGGCUGCCCACUGGGAGCCAGGGAUAUUUUGGGUAUAUUCCAGAGCUGCCUUUGUGUUCCCAUGUCAUACUUGGUCACAAAGCUCCAGGUUCCACAAUGGUCAGUCCUGAACUGCUUUGGCCAGUGCCAAAUCCACCUGUAAGGUUUAAAGACAAUUAGUGCAAAAGAAAAUAAUCCCAACUUAAUGCAGGGAGUUCAUAAGGAGAAUUGAGGUGUAGAUGGUUUUGGAGUAAUAGAAGCAGGGGAGGGAGCAAAAGAUUAUUUGUACUCAUUUAGGUUUUUGAAAACUGAAAUGUUGUGGGUUAGUAAGAAAACACUAACAGCCUUUUAGGAUUUUCUUGCCUCUACACGUGGCAGGAUUCACUUUGUUCUCCUCACGUUCAGGAAGCAGCAUUGCACAGGGAUGCACCUCCUUCUUGUGAAAGGCCUCUUGAAAUCUCUAAUAAUCCCAGAAACCUCUUUUGUAUUUCUUUCUGUAAGUUUUUGUUUUCCAGCUGGUUAUUCUGUUGUGCCAGGGAAAUACAGCUGUUGGGAUUUCUGUGGUAUUUCUCUCUAAUUCUGCUGGAGUGAUGUGGAUUUUUAAAUUUUUUUCCCUCCACUAAUGCUAUUUAAUUAGAAGGCACCAGCAGAGGCUGUAGUGAUGGGGUCUUUGUGCUGCAUUUAAUAGCUUCAAGUUAUUAUCCUGUGCUUUUUCUGUCUUUUAACAAAGACUGACGCCAUUUAAAAAAAACACGUGGCACUUCUGUUCCUUGGCAAAUUAUUUAUAUUAUUUUUCUUCUUAUUACUAUCAUAGUGAAUGUUAACAGAGUAAGUGAUGAGAUAGCCUUGGAAAACUGUGUUUAAAUGAAGUUAUAAGCAGAAAAAUGUCAUAUUUGCUUUUGUUUUUUCUGGGGAGGCCAGGUGUGGGAAGGAGUGUGUGAAAGGGAAGGUCAGAUCCGUGUGCUACUCCAGAGGCUUUCUGUGCUCACAGGAUUCAUUGACAAAAUGGAUCCAACUCGUGAAUCGUUACACUGUUAGAAGCAGAGAAAAGCCUGUGUUUUGGUUUAGUUUUCCUUUCCCUAUCUCCCACAGCCAACAAGUAGUAUUAAUUUCUGAUUUGAAUUUAGAUUAAUUAACCUGGGAAGCAAACAGUGUUGAGACCAUCUGGGCUGUGAGAGUCUUUUACCACGUGCAGAGGAUCUUCUUGGUGUUUGUGGAGUGUGGAGUAUCAGUAGGAACUGCCAGCAGUUAAGCACAUUUGAAAUAGGUGCAGAUACCCUUUUCAUGUCACUGUGGGUUCUCCUGCUGCUCUGGAGCUGCUCCUGCAGGUCGUGUCACUGAAUCCCCCUUGCCCAAAGUCAGGCCCUGCUCCAGUCUCUGUCCCACCAGGUUCUGAUCAUUUCCAGUACUGGAGCUGAGAUGUAACACAUGCUCUGUAGUCUCACCUUAAUCAAUCUUUACGUAAUUGAAGGCUAUUAAUUAUUGUGACAGGAAUGUUCUGGACAUUCUGGAAGACGAGCUUACAGCCAGUGUAGUGCAGAAGCAGCAGUGAGCAGGAUGACACAGUCUAAGGCAGCACUGGUGGGUUUGCAGUGAGCUCUCCAAGGAUCUCUGCUCAAAUUAAACUCAAAUUGAGCUCAGAUUAAGACAAUACAGGUUUCUAAUUACAUGUGUUUGUGUGCAAGUUGAGGCUUGUCCUGGCUUCCACCCAGACCAUCACCAGUGGGUGCAUGAAAGGAGUGCCCAGGAAUUUGGAGUAGCCUUUGGGAGGAAAAAGAGCCUUUUUGUCCCACUUGCAGGGUGUGAGCUGUAGCCACAACAGCUGUCAUUCUUACAGGGCUGCUGCCCUCUUCACUCCUCAGUUUAGUCAGAGCUUUGUGCGUUCGGGCAGCGCCCUGGCAGGUGCAGGGGGAGUGGCAGCCCUUGGGUGCCAGCGCUGUGCCAGGGCCCCGGGGUGCUUGCCAGGGGUGCCAGUGCCCUGCCAGCAGCCCUGUGCAGGAGGGAGGCUGGCUGCAGGACAGGAGCCCAGGCUGGGUUCUUGGGGCAGCAGGCUCACAGGAGAGCUCUGCAGGGCUCAGCGCCCUCACAACAGCCACUGCUUCACCUGCACCUUGACAUUUUGUGCUUUGGCCAGGAGACAUUUAUCCUGCUGCAGUGUUCCGCUCCAGUGACUUCUUCUGCACUUCUUGGUUAAAACAGAAAACGAGUGAUGGGCAGGGAGGGUGUUGGAGGGGCCGUGCUGUGACUGAGAGCUGUGUUUGAGUGGGCUUUGCUUACUGCAGGCUUGGUUGGAUUUUGUUCCUCUCGAGGUUUUUCAUUUUCAGCCAGAAUUCUCUCCAGGCACUACUGGAGAUACACCUGAGCUGGAUGGGUCUGCCCAGCAGCCCUGCCUUGCACAGUGAGGUUGUGUUGUGACAAUCCUUGGCCCCCACAGCCCCCUUCCCCAGCUGUGGACAGCUGUGCCCGCAGGAGGGUCCUGCUCAGCUCUGCCCUCCCCUGGGACAGGGGCAGGCUCUGCUUUCUGCACGUGUGCCACUUCUGCUCAUCCAGUGAAGACCCUCCCCUACCUCACAGGGUGGCUGACACUUCAUUUGUUCAUUGAGAGUAAAGGCUUCUUUUGGAUUUCUAUGAUAUUUUAUAUCCAGAGGAUAACAAUUAUGAUUGCUGAUCUUGUUUAAACUGGCAUUCUGGGAUCAAGUUAUUUUCUUAGAGAUUCAGUCUUUGUUUUAUUUUCAUGUCUAACUUUUAAGGGUCAAUUUUACAGACAAAGUACCUAGUUAAUGCGGUAAUUAAUCAAUUAUCUGUUGAUUAAAGUGUUUCACCAGUGCAUCAAAAGAAAACAGAACACUAAUUUUUAAUAAAGUAUUAUAUUUUGUCUUCUGUGA